ACUUGGGGUGAGGGAGGAUCCAGCUCCCCAAAGGAUGUGUAGGCUGUGCCUUUGCUGCUGUUGUGAGGCAGAUAAAACUUGCAGUUCUCUGUUCAGGUUCUGACAAGAUCAAAGCCACCUUUCUGUACCCCACUAAAAGGGGUGUGUGCAUAACGCUGGGAUAUAAGCACUACUUGUGCUGGAACAAUUAUCGUAAAAGACAAAGCCAUUGAUGUGCGUUGUCAGCUGAGCCUUGGGCAAGACAACCUCUUCAAUUCCCGUUUGCCUUGGAAGACACUCCUGCAGAGGUCUAGAUGUCCUCCAGAACUUCCAGCAUGAAUAAAAUAAUUGUGUACGACAAGUCUAAUUUUGAGGGGCUCAGCAAAGAGUUCACUUGUGACAUCCCUGACCUGCAUGAGCUAGAUUUUGGUGACUGCAUCUCCUCCUUGAAGGUGAUUGGACAGCCCUGGGUUGCCUACAAAACCGCCAAGUUUGAGGGAGAUGGCUUUGCUUUUGAGGAGGGGGAUUAUGGAGAGAUUGACAAGAGCAACAAAAUCUCAUCCCUCCGAAUGGUGCACCAUGAUCUCUCUGAUCCUCAGAUCACCCUCUACGAACACCCCAACUAUGAAGGCCAGAGCAAAGUGGUGAACGAAGAGACUAACCUCACCUACGGUUACUUCAACGAUCGCGUCUCCUCCCAUGUGGUGCAGAGUGGUGUCUGGCUAUUGUAUAAGCACCCAAACCGUGGUGGAUGGUAUCACAUUGCCUGGCCUGAGGAGCGCAUCCAUGACUAUAAAACAGAGCUCAAUUUUGAUGACAGCGUAUCCCACUUGCAGCCCCUGCAGGCCGGCCGGCCCAUCAUCACAGCUAAACUCAUGUGGGACCAGAAGAAAGUGGAGGCCGAGAAGGAUAUUCUGAUCGAUGAGAUUGUGGGAACCAACUGCACCGAAUAUGAGCAAGCGUUCACUGCCAACAGUUCCCGGGAGUACACUGCCACUGUUUUCCAGAGCUUCCACUUCAGCAAUACCACAUCCUUAAAACUGGGCUUCUCUUUCCAGGUCACUGUGGGAGGUGCCAAUGUCUUUGUGGUGGAGAAAGGGAAGCAUGAAUGCACCACCACCAGUGAGAAGGUGGAGGUCCUGCUGCCGGCCAAGAUCCCUCCUUGCACCCAACUCUGUAUUCAGGUAGUCAGGAAAGAGACCACCACCUCAGUGCCAGUGGAGCUUACCAUCUGUCAGAAUGGGAAAGAAAGGAAAGAGCAUGCAGAAUACCGGUGCGUGUCCGGCCGUACCAUCAGCACCAGAUACACCAUGAAGCCCGUCUCAGCAGCACAAGACGCUCCCCAAGCUAACCCUACUCCUGUGGCAGAGGCGGAGCUUUGCCAUGCCAGACCCUCUCAUGUGGAAAGACAGAAGCAUUUCCAAGCUCAGCCUGGGCCAGUAACAUCUGGGGAGAGAACCUAAGCCAUGCCUGAUUAAGCUACUUUGGUAGGGAUGGAGCACCUCAGUGGGUUGGCUACUCCCAGGCUGUACUCAAUGGGUGAACUAGAAUGGGGCAACUUUACUACAGGGAUGGGGAAACCUGUGGCCCUCCAGAUGGGACAUCUAACUCUCAUCGGCCCCAGCCAGAACAGCCAGUGGUCAGGGAUGACAGGAGUUAUAGUCCAGCAACAUCGGGAGGGCCACAGGUUCACCAUCCCUGCUAUUUUGAGUUAUCCCUGGACAUGGUGAUGGUUUCUGGGUUUGGAUGAUUAGGUUAUAGAAGGGCAGAGGACAAUACUGCAUGGGAGUAAGUUGUUAUGAUAGUUAAGAUGGUAAUUUCCAUGUUAAAAACACGGUGAAAAUAUCUGAGGUGUUGAACAAAAUGAAAAUAAAUAAAUAAAAACAAUAAAUCUUCUCUCAAGGAUAUACCAGCAGUCAACAGCAAAACUAAUAACAGAUCUCCCUAAACAUCUCCUGGUAUACUUACACUUAUCUAGCAGGAGAUGAAACCAGUGAAUGAUCUACCUUGGAGGGAGAUUAGUUCAGGCAUCUCUUUUAACCUGGGCUUUCUAGUACCUGUCACAGAGCAGCAGCAUUAGAAGAGCAGCAAGACUAUCCAGGUCAAAGUUCGCAGUCAGGCAGGACCAAAUGGUGAUAGAGCCCUUGCUUUAAGGUCCAAGGUUCAGUCCCUGGCAUCUCCAGCUGACAGGGCUGGGCAAGGCGUCUGGAGGGCUGCUGCCAGCCACUGCAGAGGUAAUGCUGAGCUAGAUAGGCUAAUGGGCUGACUGAGGAUAAGGCCAUUUCCUAUGCCUUUACAUAUCCAAAUAAACAGACUACAUCAUCCAUGUGACUGAUUGCAUCAGAAAUAAAAGAGCAAGAGCAGUCAAGGUGCACCACAACGACACUGCAUACGAUAAAAUCAGAUGCAAAUGGUUCAAGCAAGUGAGCUACGGCACAGAUUACAGAAAUCUCCCCAGACUCACCUGCCACUUUAACACCAGAAAAUAAUUUUAAAAAUGUCCUGACUACAGGUAUUUGAACAUAUAUCUGUAAAUGUUGUGGAAAUGUCUCUGCUAACAGCAACGUGCCCAACAGAGACAGUUUUGCUAUCAUGAGCUGGAUAGUGAAGUCUGGCACUUUCAUUAUAUAGUUUCCAUCCUAUGCUGAAGACGCACCUCCGUACCUUAGCCGUAACCUGAGAUGUACAUUUUCAGGACCCACCCUAUUUUUACAACUAUUAUUUGUUUUAAACUGUUUUUAAUAAUUACUUUUAAAUUCUAAGUAACCUGCCCUGGGACCUUAUGUCAAGGGCAGGUAAGAAAUCAAAUAACAGCAACGGAAAUGGGCAAACUGUGGCCCAACAGAUACUGUUGGACUACAACUCUCAUUAUCCUUGGCCAUUGGCUAUGCUAGCUGGGGCUGAUGAGAGAUGAAGCCCAACAUCUGGAGGAGCAACAGGUUCUGCACCCUGCGUCAAAAAUAAUUGAUUUUCUCUCCCAUCUGCUUUUUAAGGCUACGGUAUAACAUACAAGGCACAUAUUAUCUCAGGCUUAAUUCUGUUAUGCCUCUUGUUCCAGCUUUGACACUGUUGUAUCAGCCUAUUGAAACCUGUUCCUUCUGUCCUAUAGGGCCUCUCUACCACAGAAGAGAAAAUCUGGAAGACUGGGGGCCAAUGUAUUGUGUUAGUGUGAGGGUGAGGAAUUGAUGGUUUGUGCUAGUCAGCCAAUGAGUCUCUCUGUGCGUUUUUAGUGGGCAAAUUAAAUUGAUUCCUGUCAUUUAAAGGUCUUGGAUUGUGACUUUAUUAGAUUGUUCCUCAAUAAAGCUGUCCCUCUCAUCUCAGUUCUGAUUC